CCGGACCCGCUCGCGCCCUCGGCACCUGCGACGUCGUCAUCUCGCGCCCGCUCUCCUCCGAGUCGCCGCUCCUGCGCCUGCCGCGCGAGCACCUCGACUCGCCGCUGCAAGCAUGCUGCCCUUUGGCCGCCCUGCCGUCGUCCACCUCACCGCCGACUCGCCCUCGCCGUUGACGUACGAGCACGGCCUGUCGCCGAGGCACACGCUCCGGGUGCACGACGUCGAGGGUGCCGGCCGCGAGUGGGUCGUCGACGCGACCUCGUCCAAGGUGUCGAUCUUCAACAGCUCGGACUUGACCCUGCGUCUCGCCGGCCGCAUCGUCACGUCGACCGUCGAGGUGUGGGCGUCGCGCAACUUGACGCUCGUCGUCGGCGCACCAAGCCCGGUUCCGCCCUCGACGACGACGGCCGACGACCCGCUCGGCACCCUUCAGCUCGACCCCGAGCUGCACGACGUGCGCGUGCGCUUCUCGUCGCCGACCUCGAUUGGGAAGAUCGUCCUCGCGCCCCUCCUCACCGAGGACGCAGCCGGCCACCGCUCGUUCGGCUUCUCGCAGCUGAGCUUCCAGGCCGGCGAUGACGAGCCGUUCGUCCUCGUCGACGACGAGGGCCGGUUCAACGACCCGCGAGAUCUCGACGCGGUCAGGUCGCCUCUCGACAAUGAGCAGCACCUCGCUCGCCAGCUCGUCUUGAGCCACGUCGACGGCCGAUGGAAGCUCGAGGGCCUCGCACGAGGAGAGAAGGACUAUCCAGUACUGUCGUAGAACGCGCGAUUGCAAUUGCACCCUGUCUAGAUGAA